AUGACUCCCAGACUCACGGUUCUGCUCUGCCUGGGGCUGAGUGUGGGCGCCGGGACCCCAGAGCAGGCAGGGGCCCUCCCCAAGCCCUCCCUCUGGGCUGAGCCCGGCUCUGUGAUCCCCUGGGGGGACCCUGUGACCAUCUGGUGUCAGGGGGCUCUGGGGGCCCAGGAGUUCCGUCUGUAUAAAGAGGGAAGUUCAUCUCACUGGGAUAAACAGAUGACGGUGGAGCCCGAGGACAAGGCCCACCCGGCAGCGUCCUCAGCUCAGAAGUCCCUGGCGGAAUUCGCCUUGGGGCCUGCGACCGCAGCCCGGGGGGGCACCUACAGGUGCUACAGCUCACUCGGCAGCGCCCCCCAGCAGCUGUCAGGCCCCAGCGAGCCCCUGGCGCUCCGGGUCUCAGGUGAGGCCCUGCCUGUCCGUCUGACCUGGUCACUAGGCGCUGUCCUGGGACGGGCUCUGACCUGGAGGAGUGCCCCGGGUCUGAGCCAGUCCCUGUGGGCUGGGAUCGCGGCCUGCGGCCUGCUGCUGCUGCUGCUGCUGCUGCUGCCGCUGCUCCGACGACGGCCGUGUCAGCGUGGGCGCAGGAAGUCGGGUGCGUGGGUCGGGGUGGCCACAGCUCACCCCUCGCCCCGCCCCGGCACCUCCAUCGCCCACUCUGCUCUGAGCCUCGAUGCCCACGCCGUCAGAGACCGGAUACUCAAGGCCGAGGACGACCGGGCCUCAGCGAAACCUAGCCGCCCACUGUCGGAAACCGCCGCCACCAGCAGCUUACCCCGGCAGCCUCCCUCCCCGGACUCUGCCUCCCUCAGGGGCGCCCGCAGCGCCCUGCGCCAGCGGGCUCCCCGCCCCCCGCACCCCGGAAGAGCAGGUGACUUCGGUCCAGCCCCACAACUGCUGGGACAGGCCCAGCCUCGGGCCGCUGGCCCCAGGGCCCCACCAGCGGGGGGCUCAACACCCCUGAGCGAGGCCAGCCCAGGCCGGGACGCUCAUCCCAAGGGAGCCUCGCGCGACGGCUGA